ACUAAUUUACGGUAUUGUAUAUUCAAUAAAUUUUAUAGAAGAAAAUGUUUUUAAAUCAUAUGGUUGAAUUGAAACGUGUUGGAACACGCGAUCCAUUCGCAAAAUUAACCAAAAUAUUUACAUAUAAUGCUCGUCAACUUUGUCAUUAUUGGCGCAAUUACCUCGAUCCUGAAGAAGAUGGUACAAUUUGUUGGAAAAACCUGCGUCAAGAUUUAAAAAAUCAAUUUGGUCUUUACCGAUCUGAGAAUAUGUUAAAAAAUCAUUGGUAUUCAAAACAAAGAUGUAAAAAGGGAACAGAUAAUGACGUGAUUUUGUCAUCUCCUUCUAAUAUUACAAACAUUCCUACCUCUACAAGAACUUUUACCACUUAUAAUUAUCCUUUUACUUUUAGCCCACAAAAUCGUCCAUCAUUGCCUACCAUCUCUUAUAUCUUUAAUAAUCCUUCUGAUUCUACCGUGGAUCUUCCCCGACCUCUUUUUUAUCAACAAAAUCUUUACGUAUUACCCACUUUGCAGCCGCCUUUAACACAAGAAAAGCUCAAAUUGCCUAAACUUCCAUCCAAUGUAUAAUCUUCAAAAUUUAUUCAGUAACCGGAAUAGUAAAGCCAUCAUUUCAUCAAGAAUAUUGCGUUUAUUUAUUCGUUCCUAGUUGCCAAAUCCUUUUUCAUUCUCAUCCAUUUAAAAAAAAAAAUAUGCAUCCAAAUUUAGCUAAUAUCCUAAGUCUGUGAGCAAGUCGGUUGAUUUUAU